AGAAAGGAGCAUAUGUCCCGGUAGACCAUAUUGGUGAAAGUGUAGAGUUUGUUGAAAUUAUGCAAAAAAAAUUCAAUGAUUUUCAGUCAGACCUUACAGAAAUGAAAAUAAAGCUCAUAGGGAUAUUAACAAAAACAUAAAAAUAACUGCCCUUGCUUGAAGAUAAACUGAGACAGAUGGUUUCUAAUACGGAGUUAAAAUUGAGUUUUUAAUUUUUUUUCAUAUUAAUGACAUCUGAUAUUUUCGCAGCAUAUGAAAUUCAAAAUGCAACAACUUCAAGAAAUCAGCAGAAACCGAGAUUUACAGUUAAGUUCUGUUGAUGACCUCCAAAGAUUUUACAGGGAUCUGGAUGAAACUGAAGACUGGAUUGAGAAGAAAGAUAAAAAACUCGAAGAUACUGAUACUGGCGAUAGUUUGAAAAACGUACGAACCUUGCUGAGAAAACACAAAGGCUUGGAGAAUGAAUUACGUGUCUUACUCUACAGGAUAAAAGAACUCGAGAAGACUGCAGAUCGGCUCAGCCACAAAUAUCCUAAGAAUGCCGAACAAAUAAAUACUAAACUAGAAAUAAUACACGAGAUGAGGAGUGAACUCUCAAUGAAGAAAAUGAACAGGAAGUAUGACCUUACUGAUUAUUUUGAGCUAUAUAAAUUUUGUGCAAACUAUGAUCAUAUAAAAGUAUGGAUGGACAGAAUGAUAGCAGAUCUGAACAGCAUAAUAUGCACACAGGAAUUUCACAGUGCAGGGAUCCUUGUGAUAAGGUUUGAGGAACAAAUCUAA